CAAAGGUAUUCUCAGAGUCUUGGAUAGAAUUGCGGAUACGAAGUUCCAACUCGCCCACCUAUAAUGAACCCUGCAUGAAGGAAUGGGCGGGAACCUCAAGCUUCACGCCUUUCGGAUAGUACCACUCCAUCAAGUCUGGAGGCUUCUGGAUAAGAAUGUCCAGGAUAGUGGGAGCCUGCGCACUGAGCCCCAGCGUACUCGCCCCGCCCCUCCGCGCCCCCGCCGUAAGCUCAGGUAACGAGAGCGGCCGCUCUGUGCGGAAGUGCGGCUGACGUGUCUCGGCCGCGCGGAGGAUUGUGGGGGGGGCGAUUCGACUAAUGGCGACGGGGGCGGCGGGACGAGGCACCGGGCGCAGCGGACGCUGAAGCUUCCUGCCCCGUUGGCGGCUGGACCGUCGCAGCUGGCGGAAGCGGCUGGGGUUGGCCGCCAGUGACCCCAACAGCCGCCUGGAGCUGAAGCAAAAGAGCCACGCUUGCAGGCCCGCCAGAGCCGAAGGACCGGGAGGGGGGAAUAAGGCUAGCGGAGAGGCGGCUGUGGGGGGCCGCAGCCUCGGCUCUCCGCCGCCACGGAGCCCGGAGCGAGACUGCUGCUGAGGGUGUGUGAGUCAGCAACCGGGAGUCGGCCCGCCCGGAGCUCGGGAGAAUCAUGUCCGGGACCAACAGCCCCGAGGCGGUCAAGAAGCUGCUGGAGAACAUGCAGAGCGACCUGCGGGCCCUGUCGCUGGAGUGCAAGAAGAAAUUCCCACCUGUCAAGGAGGCUGCCGAAUCAGGAAUAAUCAAAGUUAAAACGAUAGCUGCACGAAGCACUGAAAUUUUGACAGCCUUAAAAGAGAACAGCUCAGAAGUUGUUCAGCCUUUCCUAAUGGGAUGUGGAACUAAGGAACCAAAGAUCACUCAGCUAUGUCUUGCAGCCAUUCAGAGGCUUAUGUCACAUGAAGUUGUUUCUGAGACUGCAGCAGGAAAUAUCAUCAACAUGCUUUGGCAGCUGAUGGAAAAUAGCCUUGAAGAACUAAAGCUUCUUCAAACAGUUCUUGUUCUUUUAACAACCAAUACUGUAGUUCAUGAUGAAGCACUCUCUAAGGCAAUUGUUCUUUGUUUUCGCCUGCACUUUACAAAAGAUAAUAUUACAAAUAAUACUGCUGCUGCUACUGUACGACAAGUUGUUACUGUGGUUUUUGAGAGGAUGGUUGCUGAAGAUGAACGACAUAAAGAUGUUGUGGAGCAGCCAGUACUGGUUCAAGGAAACAGUAAUAGGCGCUCUGUGAGUACCCUGAAGCCCUGUGCAAAAGAUGCAUACAUGCUCUUCCAGGAUCUUUGCCAGUUGGUUAAUGCUGAUGCUCCAUAUUGGCUAGUAGGAAUGACAGAAAUGACUCGGACUUUUGGCCUUGAACUUCUGGAGUCAGUCUUAAAUGAUUUUCCACAAGUUUUUUUACAACACCAAGAAUUUAGUUUCCUUCUUAAAGAAAGGGUAUGUCCACUUGUGAUAAAGCUCUUCUCCCCAAAUAUCAAGUUCAGACAAGGUUCCUGUACUUCAUCUUCCCCUGCACCAGUUGAAAAACCAUAUUUUCCUAUUUGUAUGCGUCUGCUGAGAGUAGUUUCAGUUCUGAUUAAGCAAUUUUAUAGUCUUUUGGUUACCGAAUGUGAGAUAUUUCUUUCACUCCUAGUGAAGUUUCUGGAUGCAGAUAAGCCCCAGUGGCUAAGAGCAGUUGCAGUGGAAUCAAUUCACAGGCUCUGUGUGCAGCCUCAGCUUUUAAGGUCCUUUUGUCAAUCUUAUGACAUGAAACAACAUUCUACUAAGGUUUUCCGAGACAUUGUGAAUGCACUGGGAUCCUUCAUCCAGUCAUUGUUUCUUGUCCCAACAGCAGGGACUGCAUCUACUGCAACAAAUCAAGCUGGAAAUAAUAAUUCUGGUGGCCCAGCAUCAGCACCAACAAACUCAGGAAUGUUGGGAAUGGGUGGAGCUGUUACUGUACUACCUGCUUUCGAAUAUAGAGGGACCUGGAUACCUAUCUUGACCAUAACAGUCCAAGGGAGUGCCAAAGCGACCUACCUUGAGAUGCUAGAUAAAGUGGAACCUCCAACAAUUCCUGAAGGCUAUGCCAUGUCUGUGGCAUUCCACUGUUUGCUGGACCUUGUCCGUGGCAUUACUGCUAUGAUUGAAGGAGAGUUAGGACAGGCAGAAACCGAGAGUCAGACGACCCCGGAAACAGCUUCCUCACCAGCACUGUCAUCAGAACAGCAAGAUUUUCAGUCAGUGUCUGAUCAGAUGGAUAAGGAAACAGUCAGCAGAGCUGUGUGGGAAGAAAUGGUGAAUGCCUGCUGGUGUGGUCUUCUUGCUGCGCUAUCACUCCUUCUGGAUGCCAGCACAGAUGAAGCUGCCACUGAAAAUAUUUUAAAAGCUGAGCUGACAAUGGCUGCUCUCUGUGGGAGACUAGGCCUUGUAACUUCAAGAGACGCUUUUAUUACUGCCAUUUGCAAAGGCUCCUUGCCUCCACAUUAUGCUCUUACAGUAUUGAACACAACAACUGCAGCUACACUUUCUAGCAAAUCAUAUUCCAUUCAGGGACAAAAUGUUCAGAUGAUCAGCCCAUCAAGUGAAUCUCAUCAGCAAGUUGUAGCAGUUGGUCAGCCUCUAGCAGUCCAGCCUCAGGGGACAGUAAUGCUGACUUCAAAAAAUAUCCAAUGUAUGAGGACUCUACUUAACUUGGCACACUGCCAUGGAGCUGUUCUUGGGACAUCGUGGCAGCUUGUUUUGGCGACUCUGCAGCAUCUUGUAUGGAUUCUGGGGCUGAAACCUGGCAGUGGGGGUGCCUUAAAACCUGGGAGAGCUGUGGAAGGACCCAGUACUGUUCUAACUACAGCAGUUAUGACUGAUUUACCUGUCAUUUCCAAUAUUCUUUCAAGAUUGUUUGAAAGCUCACAGUAUCUUGAUGAUGUGUCAUUACAUCAUUUAAUAAAUGCCCUUUGCUCCUUAUCUUUAGAAGCAAUGGAUAUGGCCUAUGGAAACAAUAAGGAACCAUCUCUUUUUGCAGUUGCCAAGUUGCUAGAAACAGGACUUGUUAACAUGCACAGGAUUGAAAUUUUGUGGAGACCUUUAACUGGUCAUCUUCUUGAGGUUUGUCAGCAUCCAAACUCCCGAAUGAGAGAAUGGGGAGCAGAAGCCUUGACUUCACUUAUUAAAGCAGGAUUAACAUUUAACCAUGAUCCUCCACUUUCACAAAAUCAGAGGUUACAGUUGCUUUUAUUGAACCCCUUGAAGGAGUUAUCCAGUAUUAUCCACCCUGAUAUAAGACUCAAGCAGUUGGAAUGUGUAUUACAGAUUCUGCAGAGUCAGGGAGACAGUCUUGGGCCUGGAUGGCCAUUAGUGCUUGGGGUUAUGGGAGCAAUCCGAAAUGAUCAAGGAGAGUCCUUAAUAAGAACUGCAUUCCAAUGUCUUCAAUUAGUUGUGACAGAUUUUCUACCGACAAUGCCUUGUACCUGCCUACAGAUAGUUGUAGAUGUUGCAGGUAGCUUUGGACUUCAUAAUCAAGAGCUUAAUAUUAGCUUAACAUCAAUAGGCUUACUGUGGAAUAUUUCAGAUUAUUUUUUCCAAAGAGGUGAAAUUAUUGAAAAAGAAUUGAACAGAGAAGAGGCAGCACAGCAAAAGCAAGCAGAAGAGAAAGGAGUAGUUUUAAAUCGUCCCUUCCACCCUGCACCACCAUUUGACUGUUUGUGGCUGUGUCUUUAUGCCAAGCUUGGUGAACUCUGUGUGGAUCCACGGCCUGCUGUCAGGAAAAGUGCAGGGCAGACUCUCUUUUCUACCAUUGGGGCCCAUGGAACUUUAUUGCAGCACUCAACAUGGCACACUGUUAUUUGGAAGGUUCUCUUUCAUCUACUGGACCGUGUUCGAGAAGCUUCUACCACAGCUGACAAGGAGAAGAUUGAGUCAGGUGGUGGCAACAUACUCAUUCAUCAUUCAAGAGACACAGCAGAGAAACAAUGGGCUGAGACAUGGGUAUUAACAUUGGCUGGAGUUGCAAGAAUAUUCAAUACAAGGAGAUACUUAUUGCAACCUCUAGGAGAUUUUCCUAAAGCUUGGGAUGUUCUUCUUGAUCACAUACAGUCAGCUGCACUCAGCAAAAAUAAUGAAGUUUCUUUGGCUGCUCUGAAAAGUUUCCAGGAAAUUUUGCAGAUUGUAUCCCCUAUGAGAGAUUCUGAUAAACCUGAGACACCACCAGCAGUUAACGUCCCUGUUCCUGUCCUUAUAGGACCAAUAUCUACUCCUGGUCUAAGUAGGCCAUUUAUGAGAACAGAUUCCAUUGGAGAAAGACUUGCACGAUACCCUGGAUCAGAGCCAGCUAUAGUUACUGAUGAGAUUGAAGAUUUGAAUCUCUGGUGGGCUGCAUGGAAUACCUGGUAUAGAAUUGGAUCAGAAAGUACUCAGCCUCCUCUUACUUGUGACAAACUAACUUUCAUUCCCAGCCAGCCUUUUCUCACAGCUUUAAUUCAGAUAUUUCCAGCUCUUUACCAGCAUAUAAAAACUGGUUUCAGCAUGGAUGAUCUUCAGAAGUUGGGUAUCAUCUUGCACAGUGCUGUCUCUGUCCCUAUCAGUUCAGAUGCUUCUCCUUUCAUCCUUCCAUCAUACACUGAAGCAGUUUUGACAAGUUUACAGGAAGCAGUGCUUACAGCCUUAGAUGUUCUCCAAAAGGCUAUCUGUAUAGGUCCAGAAAACAUGCAGAUUAUGUAUCCAGCAAUAUUUGACCAAUUACUGGCAUUUGUAGAGUUUUCCUGUAAACCACCACAGUAUGGACAGCUGGAAACAAAGCACAUUGCAAAUGCAAAAUAUAAUCAGAUCCAACUAUUUGCACCGGCAGAAUGGGUAGCCUUGAAUUAUGUACCAUUUGCAGAGAGAUCUUUAGAAGUGGUGGUGGAUUUAUACCAAAAAACAGCUUGUCAUAAAGCUGUAGUGAAUGAGAAAGUACUUCAGAAUGUUAUUAAGACUCUUAGAAUACCUCUUAGUUUGAAGUAUGCCUGCCCUUCUGAAACCACAUGGAAGUUGGCAGUAUCUUCUCUGCUCAAAGUUCUGUCUAUUGGAUUGCCUGUUGCAAGACAGCAUGCUUCUUCUGGGAAAUUUGACAGCAUGUGGCCAGAACUAGCCAACACAUUUGAAGAUUUUUUAUUCGCUAAAAGCAUACCUCCAGAUAAUCUUUCUAUUCAAGAAUUUCAAAGAAAUGAAAGCAUUGAUGUUGAGGUGGUACAGCUCAUCAGCACAGAGAUACUGCCUUAUGCUAAUUUUAUUCCCAAGGAUUUUGUUGGCCAGAUAAUGACUAUGCUUAAUAAGGGCUCCAUACAUUCUCAGUCAUCUUCAUUUACAGAAGCCGAAAUUGAUAUUCGAAUGAGAGAAGAAUUUUCUAAAAUGUGUUUUGAAACACUACUUCAAUUUUCCUUCAGUAACAAAGUCACAACUCCUCAGGAAGGCUAUAUCUCACGCAUGGCGCUCUCAGUGCUCUUGAAAAGAUCCCAAGAUGUCCUCCAUCGCUACAUCGAGGAUGAAAGACUCAGUGGCAAAUGUCCUCUUCCAAGGCAACAAGUGACAGAAAUCAUAUUUGUUUUAAAAGCAGUCAGUACUCUUAUUGAUUCACUUAAGAAAACUCAACCUGAAAAUGUUGAUGGCAAUACCUGGGCACAAGUCAUUGCCUUAUACCCAACUUUAGUAGAAUGCAUAACCUGCUCCUCUCCAGAAAUCUGCUCAGCACUUAAAGAGGCAUUAGUUCCCUUUAAGGACUUCAUGCAUCCACCAGCAUCCAAGGUACAAAAUGGAGAAUCUUGACGGCAUAUUUGUAUUUGAAGGAAAAAAAAUUCAAAAAAAGAAUGUUUGCUUCUGAGUGAGGAGGACUCACUUUUGCUUCUGUGAGGACAUGUCUUGCAAAUAACACUUGGCAGCUGUUGUUGGCUUCCUUUUAAUUGUACUAACAAGAGCUUGGUGAUUUAUGUAUACUACAAGCUUACACCUCAAAAGAGUUCCAGAAUGGGUGGCAGUGCAAGCCUUUAAUAAAUUAAACUGAAUAAAUGGAAUCAUUUAUAAUCUAAUGUGCCUGCUACCAUAUAUUGAAGUGGUGACUGAAAAGUGGGCUUAUGUACAGUUUGUGGUGUAUGUGUUAAUGAUGUAAUUUUAGUAUUUCAAUUCAGUCCUUUAUUAGGCUGGUGUUUUGCACCCUUUUUCAAGAAUAAAAUUGUACUAAAAUUUUAUGCAAGAUGGUACUGUAACAUUCCAUAUUGUCUGUAACCAGCCUUUGUAAACAAAGGGAGAUGAUAUACUUGUGUAUACAAUAAAUGGUACAGUUCUGUAUAAAAUAGUUGCAUUUAUUAUUUAAAAUUUUUAAAUAUUGAUAAUGCUAAAUGCUUGAGAGGAUAUGUAUUUAUUAUGAAUAUAAAAUUGUGUGCUUACAUAUUUACUUAUUUUUUUGAUUAGCAGAUAUACUCAUCACAUGAUCAUGCAAUUUACUUUGUGUUCGUUUUGAGUGUAUUUACAAUGGUUAUGAAGCAUCUGACUAGUAAGUUCAUAGGAAGACUGUGGCAAAUAGAGAUUUGCUGAUUUAAAAUUUUGAAGUGUUUGAAAUAGUGAUUUAAUUUAACAUGUUGAAAUAUUGUAGCAUUAUGACUCCAUACCUCAUUUCUUUAAAUAUCUCUUGCCAAUUUUGCUUUAUCUAUUCAUUUUUGUAUUUUCCCUCUGGAUUUUAAAUAGUAUUUCUUCUGAUGCUUACCCUCACUCCCCACUGUCUGAAUUACAACCCAACCAGGUUGAUUUAAAAUAUCUUAAAAUAUUUUGAACUUUUGAUUAUACCAAAUUUUAUUCAUUUCAGUUAUCUUCACUGAUUCAUCUCAACGGGGGAUAUUAAUUCUGUGCUAAACUUUAAGUAGAAAAUGUAUGUGUCUUAUAAAAUAAGAAGUGUAUUUUUGGAGAUAGUCAUUGCAUUUAGAAGUGCAGUAAACUUUCUGUUGUGGAGUAGAAUGCUCCUUUGUUCUAAGUUUUGAGGAAAGUACUCUUAAGUACUUUUACUGUUUCUUUUUUUUUUUAGAAAAAGUAUUGAUUUAUGUCCUGGCUGAAUAUACUUUUUAUUUUAUGCAUUAUGGUAAUGUGGUGUUUCUUAGUUCAAAUAUUCAUUGAUUGGAAGAGAUAAUAAUGUUUAAUGCAAUGAUUAUUUGUAAGAAUCGCAAAUGGCAUUAAUGUGCUAAAAUUCUUUCAUUUUAAUAGAUUUUAUACAUUUUUUAUUCAUCUAAUCAAAUCAUAAAGCUGGUAGAAUUUAUAAAUAUUGAGUAAUGGAUUUCAUAGAAAUUUGGGGCUCUUGUUAAAAAAUUUUCACAUUGUCAUUCUCUUACACCAUACCUAGGGACAUAAAAAUAGUGUUGGGAUAGGUAGAAGAUGUUUUAGUAUGAUUAUUUUAUGAACUUUUAAAAUUCCAUCUUAACUUUAUAUAAUAGAUUACAUUUCUUAAGUUCUGUGAUGUGAUGUUUUUCCUUGAAAGUUAAAGAAAAACCAUUUAAGCAGAAUUUACUUACCUUAUUCUGCCUUUAAGUAUGGCAAAUUUAAAAGUAGGAAAUCAGUAUAUUGUGUUAAUGUAAAUUCUUAACUUAUAUAUUUCAGCAGCUUCCUGGAAAAAAUGUACAAAUAUAGUCAAAAUCGGUAUUUGGAUGUCAUCAUGCUAAAAGUAAAUCAUUUUGAAAAACAACUUCAAAAUGAACUGAAUCACAUGGAUCACCUAACAAAAGUUAAAAUGUGAAUUUUAUUUCUAAAUUAGGAUUCUGCUAGACUUAACUUGGUAGGAACGUGUUGCACAAACCCAGUUAACCACAUUGUAAGUUUUAAAAGUGCAUGAAAUGAUCACCAAAUACUCUUUCUAAGUGUCUCUUUUGAAAUGCACAAAACAUCAGGAGGGGUUAAUAAAUUAAGCCAUUAACACCUGAAUUUUAAUUUCUUUCAACAAUAACAAACUUGCUUAAAGAGAACUGCUUUGCUGGGGCUUCCAAAAGGAAGAUGCCCAAAUCUCCCACUUUAUAGCCCUUCUAUUGAGUAUUCAUUUUUAAAAUGAGGAGAGUUUGAGCUAGAUGAUCUCUAACAAUUUGAAUUUAUGAUUGUGUUUUUAUGGGGGAAUAUCACUAAAUGACCUCUGUAAUUCAUGUGUUAAGCACAAUUUCUGAACUCUCAUAUGGUCAGUUAUCAAUUUUUCUGCAUAAUUAGUGUUUAGAGUUUUUUUUCUUUUUGACAAUAGAUGGAUAUUUUUUCACCAAAAAACUUACAUAGCACAUAUUCACCAUUCUCUUACCCAUCUUAUAGAUGACAGAACAACUAUUAAACACUCUUUCUGAUAUUGCUUACAAAAGGUGAAACAAAUUACAGAAGCCCUCCUUUUCCCUGCUUUACCAUUGCUGCCAAAAAAGGAAGCAGGGACAAUGUAAAACACUAUCAUUUAAUUCAGAUUCUUUUUUUUUUUAACCCUUACCUUCUGUCAUGAUAUCAGUUCCAUUUCAGAAGAGUAUUGAGGGCUAGGCAUUUGGGGUUAAGUGGCUUGUCCAAGAUCACACAGGUAGGAAGUGUCUUAAUUCAGAUUCUUAAAAUUUCUUCUACUUGCUGUCCAAAGAAGAGAAAAAUUGUACAGAAGAAAAGGCAAAAAAAAAAUCAUCAAAGAUGUAUAACCUAAAAAAACUUGGUCCUACAGCAAGAGCUAGGGCUAACAGAUCUACUGGUUGAGUGCUGCAGAUAUUCACAUAAUCUUAUGAGACCUAGAAGGUGGCUUCCAGCACACUGAGUGCUCCUUUUGUGGAAGAUUUAUGGUUGAGCAUGAACAGGAGCCCGAUAAGAGAAACAAGCAUGGGUGAGUUGUGAGCUACACCACAGUAAUAAGUAUUGAAAUUUGUGAGAUUACAAAUCCACUGAAGUAUUCCUUAAAAUCACUGCUAGCUUUUAAAAAAAUAAUAAUUCUAGUAUAUGUAAGCCCUUAUUAUUAACAUUUAUUUUUAUACUUUUGAGUAAUUAAGAAUAGAGAGGAAUUAAAAAGAAAGUAAAACAUCAAUCCCUUGCUUUUGAGUUGUAUGGAAUCAAAUAACAUAUUUACAGAUUGUCUUGUUGAAGGAUCAUUUAAGUCAUUCUGCUUUCCUUCCAUAAGUGGACUGAGUUUAAAAGAUUGACCUGUGAUUUCAUUGGUACAGGAAACUCUCAGGAAAGAAACUUAUUCUACCUGUGCAACGCAGCACCUUCUCUUCAGUUUUUAAUCUGAGUUGCCUGAAGCACUGAGUUGAAGUGACUUUAUCAGGGUCACACCGCCAGUAUGUAUGUUUUACAAGAGGAACCAGACAAGGAGUGUGGAUGAAUGGGGUAGCAGUAAUUCAUCAUCGUGAUUUAAAAAUCAAAAAAUCUCCAAAAGCACAUGUCAUACUGAUGUGUUGUGAUUUUUUUUCUUUGUUCAAGAGAUAGAAUGAGGGGCAGGAGUCAUCAUUAUUGUUAUAACUGAAACCAAAUAUGGUAGAGCCAGAUGAUGGCCACAAUCCUGCCCUAACCCUCUACUUUUCCUAGGGAUCCCAUUGUAUCUGUUGGUAGUUGGAAUCACUAUUGCUAACAGCAGAUGCAAAUUUCUUUGGGAGCCUGCCCACAUGGGUGCUAGCAGUGGCAGUUUGAGGUCUAUUGUGUGAAUCAAGUAAUCUACCCAAGACUGAUGUACAGGCUUAAAACUGAAUUGGGGAUCCUUAUGGAGAGCUAUACAGCUACUCCUGAUAGAAUUAGCCACAUUUCUCAAGUUUUGAAGGAUAUGUUUGUAACUGAAGCUGUGGUGCCAUAUAAAGAAGACUGUUGUACCAAGAUUAAAGUACAAUAUUGUUUUAUGACUGUCUACUACUAGAGCAACUUAUUUGUAUGAAAUAAGGAUUAACAUCAUUAUGAAGUAUCUUUAUAGGAUGGAACAAACAAAUGUAUUACUAUAUCCAAAUGACUCAAAACAUUUCCUUAUGACAGGGAAAUUGUUAUGUUUUCAAUUUGAGAGUCAAGGGAUUUUAUAGAUUAGAAAACUAAGGUAAAAUAGUAUAGUUGUACUUCUGUGUGAUGAAUGUGUUCAUGAAAAUUAACAAAUAAUUUUUAAUAAUAAAAUCAUAUUUUAACUAUA